AUGAUUCGGAAAUCAACAGUGACAGAAGGGACGGCCACCGGCCAAGGUAAGCACUUACAUAACGGACUUCAUGUUUUAAUGCACCAUUCCCCAAACUUCACUAAAGUUCCAGAUUAUCAAGGUUUAACAGCAUCAAACAGAUUACAUUUGACCAUGUAAUCCAGUAAUCUGAACCUCAAGGAAAACAGACAAGAGGACACGACUUACUCUUAUACAGGGAGGAGUCCUGUCCUGCUGCAUACAUGUCUUCCUCCUUGUAUCUGAAAUAAAAAUAAAAUGUCAUAAUCAGUAUGUCUGUUCAUUCUCUAAAUCAUAUUGGGUGACAGCAGAGGAAAUAAUUUCAGUAAAACUGGAUGGUUGGGUGGGUGGGUGGAUGUAACUUGAUGAGUUUGAUCCCUUUAGCAGAAUCUGACAAAGACAAGGGGACUUUUGCUGUCACGGUAUUUUUGUACGUCUGUCUGCUUUAUGUCUGAGAUAGUUGAUUAUUAUUUCUAGCAAGGCCUCAUCUUACAAAGGCAUCAUAUUAGGGCUGGGCGAUAAACCGAGAAUUUACUGAUACUGAAAUUUACGCCAAUAACCGUCAUUUUGUCCAUAUCGGUUUAUUCGGUGUCAAAAAAAUAAAUAAAUCAAAGUUGUUUUUGGAUGUGUGUAGGUAGGCUAUAGGCUUGUGUUGCUUUAAGAAGCUGUCCUACGUCAGAGACGUGACUCCGCCCUAUCCAGUCCAUAACAAAGAGGAAAAGACAGGUGAGGAGAUGGAGGACGGUUCAAAAGUUGGAGCGGCUGAAGAAGACGAGGUUAAUGUGGGAGGGGCUUAUGGUGUAGUUAUCGUUAUCGAGGUGUACUUAUCAAUAUAUCAUGAUAUUGAUUUGAGGCGAUAUCGCCCAGCCCUAAUUAAACUUUAAAAGAAGAACUAAAGCAGAGCACAGGAUUUCUGCGAUUUUAAAAAGUCAAAUUUAAGUCAUUUUAAGACUUUUUUAAGACCAUAAUGAAAACGAUUAAAGAUCCAUUUAACAUACUGACAAAAAAUUACAAAAAACAUGAAGGGAAAUCGGAACAUUUUAAACCAACUUCAAAUCAAUCUUUAUUUAUAAGUAACAUCAAUUAAUCUUUAAGACCUUUAAAAUUUGUAUCUAAGACAUUUUAUGAAGUUUUAAGAGAAUUUUAGACGUUUUAAGGCCUUAAAUACAAAUGAUUGAAUUUUCAAUGUUUUAAGACUUUUUAAGACGUAUAAGACUUGGCAGAAACCCUGGAGCAAAAUUGUUCAAAUCACUCAUUUUACACACAUUUGUGCAUCUGUAACUAAAAUGCAGAUUGUGUAGACGAACAAGGAAAAUUCUGACUACAUCCAAAUACCUGCACUGAUAUGAUUAUCCUUUUCAUAUACCCACUCAACACGCCAAAUGAUGAUGCAGUAUCUUCUUUCCCUGACGCUAAGCUUAGUUGUUUCUGUCUAAUCCAUAAUCCAGUGUAAAUAUCCUGCUGAUGUACUGUAUAUGGUCUGUAACAUGUGCUUUAUCAGGUCCUGGUGAUGACAUUUUCAAUGAUAAAGAAGGUAGGCUUAGGGGAUAAGAGAAAAGCCAUCAUCAGCUGUCUUUUUUCCCCACUGCUUGCUUAGGCAUGGAGAACUGAUAUGCGAUGGAUGUAUUAGUAUGCAGUUCACAUACCCAUAUUCUAUGUGUGGAUAUGUAGGUGCAUCACUACAUAUCUGUUCUCUGGUUGAAUUCUAGGCAUGGAUUCCUGAGGGAAACAGUUCAAAGAUAAAUUUAAUGUGAUUGAGAGAGAGCCUGGUGGAUACGACUCUAAAUGAGUCGAGAACUGAAACAUGGAGUAACAUCAAACAUUCUAAUACGACAUGUAUUAGAAUGGGUUUUAGCAUGAUUUACCUGAGUGAUGUAUUAGUUAGAGAAACAGACGGUUUUAAGAGCUGAGAGAAAUCAUGGUCGUGAUUUUCUCUUUUUUUUAUGUUGUUCAUUUCCGUUGACAUUUCAUUUUCUAAUCCUGACAGUGGGGAUCAAGAAAAAAUCUAAGGUCCCUGGGGUGAUGAUAACACAGUAUGUUGAGACACUGCCUGAAGGAAAGACUCAUCCAGACUUCACCCGCAAACCAAUUGCUUUGACCAUCCCAGAAGGUAAGACUGAUAGCAUGGGAAUGAUUUCAACGUUAAUAUAACAAAAUAUCCUCAGGUGCAAUUACCAGGAUCGUGCAUAACGGAUCGGGUUCGAGCCUUUUGUGCACUGGACCAGUAAGAAAAGACACUCGUCACUUAAAGGAGGGGUAGUCAGGACCUGAGAAGGUGCCAGAUUUUGGGGGGAUAUCUUGAAUGUAAACUCCACCCCCCCAAGUAAUCUGCUCCAGCAAGCCCCGCCCACAAACAGACGCUCCUGCUCGCUCGUAUCGUUCCAAUUAAAUUCAGAUAUAAUGCAGAUAAAUACUUCAGAUCAUUACAAAUGGGGCCCAGUCAAGGUGAAAGUCAAAAGCAUUGGUGCUACUGUAGAUGCCAACAGACUACCAGCAAACACAAUGUUUGCAGGACUUCUACAACUAGGAUAAAGUGACAUAGUCCAGGACCCGAGGGAGGACAGUUUAGCGAUGGCGCUACAACACGCUACAGCAGGUCCGUUUGACAAGAAACACUUCUGUUACAGACACUUGUCUUACUUUGUUAAAGCGGUUUACCUGUCCAGCAGAAAGGUUACAGGGUCACCAAGAUCCCCAAGCGUCCCCCAUCGUUUAUGUUGACCCGUCUUUUUAGCUCUUGUCCGGUCUACCUCCGUUUUAAGCGCCCGUUAUUCCUCCAGAGUCUCCGGUAUUUACUUUGUUUUCUUGCUUGUGUCGGCAGUCGUGGCCAAAGGAGGAUUCAGACAAUUUUCCGAACUUUCUGGUUGGUUUCUACUGUCCGAUAUUGUAGCACGCUAACUUUGUUUGGGCUCCUGAACGACACGGGGGAGCAGCGUCUGCCUCACAACCAAUCAGGUUAGAGGAGGUGGAGAACGGCUUUGUUUACAGUCAGAAAGAGCGGGCCGCUCAAAAAUGUUCAAAUGUUGACGACACAGACAUAAGAGAACACAGGGAUAUCGAUAUAUUACCAAAUUUAAUCAAUAACUAAUAACUAUUGACUGAUAUUAAAAGAUUUUUUGUAUAAACACCACAAAAAAGAUGUUUCUUUGACGGCUUCCUGCUGACCCCGACUUUAAUAACCAGUUUUCUGUAUCAGUAAGAAUAAAAUGAAACACAUAAACUCGUGUCAAGAAGACCAGCAUAUCUAUCGUUCAACUUCUCUGCUGUUAUCAAUUACGUAAAUAUUGUGAACACAGGCUUUAAGUAUUCAAUUUGGAUUAUAUAUUUAGAGUUAUAUAAAUAAAUUAAAUGUUCACUAUUAAAACAUUUUGUUGUUUCGUCAGGGUUUAUGAGGUGAUCUUGUCUUUCUUCCUCUUCAGGUAAAUUUGCCUUUUUUAAAGCCAUUGUCACUGGAGAUCCAACACCAACAGUAACAUGGAGCAGAAAUAAUGGAGACGUAUCUGAUACAUCCAGAUACCAGACCAAAUAUGAUCCAACUUCCGAUGAGCAUACAUUCGAGGCAAGUGAUGCUGGCUAUCAAAUCCCCGUUAUUUUUACACAACUAAAUGCUGAAGUAAAACGGCGGUAAAAACAGCAUCGAGAUGUAUAGAUGGAUUAAUGACAGGAGGAGGAGUUGGGAAUAAAUCCAUCAAAAAAUUGCACCAAUGUAAUCCUCUAAUCUGCUUUGUCAUUUACUUUGCAAAGCAUGAUGGGAUUCUGCUGAUACUGAGAGAGAUGACCUCCUGCAGAGAGGCAUUUUAAUGUAAAAGUCUCCAUAAAUCUACCCUCCCUGCUCUUUAAGAUAGAAGAUUCAAUUACAAGCCAGGAGUUAUAUGUACACGGUAUACGGUCUGUAUUUCAAAUUACUCCAUCAUGGUUAAGAUGUCUCACAGAUGCAUAGCUAUUUUUGGUAAAGUGUAACGGUGAUUAGAGAACGUCUGCAGUUGCCAGGGGGCGUAAAGAAAGUAUUUGCCCCUCCCACGAACACCUAAACAACAUGCUGAUGGAAAACAAGCAAUAAGUAACCUGAAAUAGACUUCUAAAGAUAAUUAGGGAAGAUUGAAACGGCAGCUUCUUUUACUUUAAAUGACUAGAGAUUGAAUGCAAAACUGAUUACACCUCUUGAAAACUUAAACUUCCCGUAAGGAACUUUUAACUAGAUUUGAAAAAAUCUCUCAUCUUUGCUGAUGUCUCCCUGUCAUCUGCAACAGCGAAUGAGCCCGUCUGUGUGAAGAUAACCUAUUUCUAAAUAGUGAAAACGGGGAAAACGGGAGCCAGUGGUUGAGACCACGAACGAAACGAUUUACAGCACUCAGACCAGAGCCGACACACGCGUUUUUUCUCUUUAUUUUGCAUUGAAGAUGCGCAUAUUACUGCCACUACACAAACGGUGACAGUUAGUCACAGUUUGCAGAUGCAGUAGAUUCCUGCAGACACCGUGUCUGUUACGGCUGUGGGUGUGGGUGUGUCCUGUGUCAUACUACAGCUGCUCCCACAGAGUGAGAAGCUCCUCCACACCGGAGACAGGCAGACAGACAGACAGGCAGGCAGAGCAGCUCUGUGUCACUAACCUCAGUCUCUGUAAAGGCAUUUACAGAGUAAGUUACCUCAAACUGCUCACAAAAAAAGUUAGUUUCUGGAGCCAGACAAGUGCCUUUACGACGACAAGCACUAAAACACGACCGCUUCUGUCCACAGUGGCCGCCAAAAUCAAGAGAAAAUGAAAACUCUUUCCAGCUCCUUUAAGAAAAAGCUAUCUAAAAAAUAAACAUGACCAACACUUCAACAAAAUCACAACUGCAAAUAACAAAACUAAUAAAAUAUGAUGUAACUAACCACAUUUUUGAACAUUCUGAUGUUGUUUGAGAAGAUAAGAUGUGCUUUGUAUUUUCCACCAAAAAUGUGGACCAAAAACUCGACUCGUCUUUCUAUGUUUUAGAUGCCUAAUGUCAUGCCAGAUCAAGCAGACACCUAUAAAUGCUUUGCCACGAAUGAAUUUGGACAGGCCAUGGUCACAGUGGUUUUGAAUGUUAUUGAAGGUAAGGACUGUUUGCCUAUUAUGGAUUAUUUACAGUUUACAGUUUCAAUAGCGUCAGUCCGUCAAUAAUGUGAGCGACUCCUUUGUCUGUUCAGUUGGAUUUAAGAAGAAUAAAGCCCUACAACCAGCAGCUGAAUCCACAGAUGCAAAUUUUAAGACUGUGUUGAAAAGGAAAAGGUGGGUUUGUUUGUUCAUUUCUGAUCUUACUUCUUGUUCUGUAAAAUAAAUCUGUAUUUUAAAAACUGUGCCUUUCUUUUUUUCAGUAAGAUCCGUCCAAAAUCUGAGCAGACGGAGAAAAAAGAGGGAGAGAUUGAUCCAAAGUUUUGGGAGCUCCUGCUUAGUGCUGACAAGAAAGACUAUGAGCGCAUCUGCACAGAGUUUGGAGUGACCGACUUUCGCUGGAUGCUGAAGAAACUUAAUGAAAUGAAGAAGGAAAGAGAGGAAGAGCAGGCGGAGGUUUGUUAUGUAACAAACUCAUUUUAAUAACUGCUUCAUUUUCCCAAGAGUAUGUAAUCUAAACUCUAAAAUUAUCGACUUCAACAGCCUAAAUAUACUCAUUUCAUGAGUGCUUCAUUUCCACUGACCUCACUUUGUUUUGUCCUAGUUUGUCAAAAACCUGUCUAAUCUGAGACCCAUUCAAGUCAACGCAGAUGGGACCGCAUCCUUUGAGUUGGACAUGGAUCUUCUCGACCAAAGCAGCUCCAUAUUUCUCUACAAGGUUAGUGUGCCGACUUUACCAAACAGCUAAACAGGAAUAUACUAAAAGUCAUUAUCAGAAGUCUCUCUAUUUGCACAUAUAUGAUUUACUUUAGUAGUCGUAACCAUAUGAGGGAGGCAGUCAUUGCAAAACACAGGAAGUAUCAGCAGAGUGCUACACAGCUUCUCAAUACUGUAACUCCUCAAAGAUUUGCUCAAUCUGAAAUAUCAAUAUCAAUAUGAUGUAUGGUUUUUAUUAUGGUAAUCUUUAAGGGUGUACCACCAAAACUGCAACUUGGACAGGGGCAAGGAAGAAAAGAGUGGAGUAAGACAGAGCAAGCAAAAUAGACCCAGAGUCCUACAUUUAAAAAAAGACUGUUUCUGAUUCUGAACAUGUCUAAGUUGAUUUUUCAAAUGUGAAAUCAAAACUUCAUAAGCAGUAACAAAAUUUGCUCUCAUAAAAUCCAUAAAAAAACAAAAUAGCUUUUGUAUUUUCUUCCUCUAAACAGCUGACAAUCCCAUAUAAUGUGGGAUAAUCACUGACCAGAUGUUGAAAAGUGAAGUUCAAGUUCUCCUAGAAAUAGGGACCAAAGCUCUCAGACUGAGGGCAUUAUCUGACCAUUUUACAGCCAUAAUAACAAAAUAUCUACAAAUUUGUAGCCUCAGCAGGUAAAGGGAUCAUUAAGGCACACCUUUGUCAUACACAUUUUAGAAAUCUUUGAAAUUUUCUCAGUGAUUUACAAAACAAACUGUAGAGCGCAGCAGAGACAGGAGCUUCAGUCUGAGAUGAAGAUGGUGAUUCAUAACAUUCAGGUGCUUUCCGUUUUAAAGGAAAUCUGUGAGAUAUGAAGCUACAAGGAAAUAAUGUGAUCUUUCACCCGCAGGAUGGUGUCAUGGUUCCAUAUACAAAAGAGCUUGGAGAGAAAAUGAAGCACAGCCUUAAUAGAGUGGGAAAAAAGUACGUUUUCAGCAUUCGAGACCUUCUGCCAGAUGAUGCUGGGCUGUAUCAGCUGGAUGUUGAGGAUGUGAACAUGUUUUCAACUGAAUUUAAAAGUAUGUUUUCCACUGAGUCAAAUAAAAGGUUCAAAGUCGGUUCAAUCAAAACACAAAACAAGCUUAAUCUAACGAAUGGUGGUAUAUCCUACUACACAAAUCAAAUUUUCCGUUUUCCUCAGUCCCCAUGGUGGAUUUCUUGGUGAAACUUCAGGAAGUCAAAGCAACAGAGAGAGAAGACGCAGUUUUUGAGUGUGUCCUGUCAAAUCCCUUCUCCAAGGUUUUGUGGUUUGGCAAGAAUUUACCCCUGGAACAGGGGGACAAGUUCGACAUCGAGGUGUCAGAAGACAAGCUCAUUCACCGGCUUGUGGUCAAAGACUGCAUGGUGGUGGAUAAAGGAAUUUAUUCUGUUUGUGCAGGAAUUAAAUCUUGCAAUGCAUGGCUUGUUGUUGAACGUAAGUCAUUUUACUCAGCAAAACACCGCUUGAUGAUUUUCAAUCAUGAAUAUUGAUCGUUUUCCUUGAAAAAGUCAAUAAGGAUAAUUAUGACUUGUCUUGUUGACGUACAUUUUUUAUGUGUGCACGCUGCAAAUCUACAUGUUCUUGUUCAGCCGACAAAGAUGCAAAGAAGGGCAAAAAAUGUGAAAGGAAAACAACGAGGGCAGGAGGAUCUGGCGUCGAUCUGCAGAAGGUCGCUGAAGAGCAACAGGUGAAAUUACAGAAGGAGAGAGAAGAAAGGAAAGAGCAGAUUCAGAUUGCAAAAGAAGCUGCAGCAGCUGCACCUCCACCUGAACCAACCGAGGCCCCCAAAGACCCCCAACCAGGUAAGAACAAUGACCAGGGGGUUUGUAAAAAAUCUGUCUUUAAAUGUACAAAUAAGAAAUUCGGUUUAUGUACAGCGUAAAUUUAAAAAAAGUACAAAUAAACAUUGAUUAAAAAAAAAACAUUGUGAUAGUUUGCAAAUGGUUUAGACCAUUGUGCAAACUUGAUCAUAUAUUAAAAAAAAGGAUUUUACAAAAUUAUAUGAAAAUUUUCAAUUUGAUGCAAAAAGUUUGGACUCACAGUGACCAAACACUAAAAAAUGUAGGAAAUACAGAACCUGAUCUCUUUGGUUCCAGCUUUAUAAGGACAUGAUUCAACUUUCAUCAAAUUCACAUUAAGAGCUUUUCUACUAGCUGGGAAAUUAUCACUGGAUUUAAUUAUGUAAAAAAAUCUAUUCAAAUCUUGAUAAAAUGUGCAAAAAUCUAAUUAGUUGUGAUUGAUUUCAGUUGUCGCGGAGCCGGGCGCAGAGGCACCAAGCGUUGGUAAGGAAUUUCAGAUUUUAUGACAAAUGCAGCAUGCACUCAAAGAUUAGUUUUACAUGAAAUAUAAAAGUUUUAGUAAAUUUUCUAUAAACUCUAGAGUCCUGAAAUUCUUCUUUUGUGAAAAAUUUUAAUGCUUAUGUAACAGUUUGUUUUGCUUUAUUUUAUGUUCUGUAGUAAGCAUAUGUUGUGGAUGUUUGCUUCUGGGAAGUUAGGGUUAAAUAUUGUUUUUUACCAACUUAUAUUUAAUAGUAUAAUAAACAUCCUCUGCAUGGCUAGGUAGUAAUGAUCUGUGGCAAGUUUUUGUGUUGUCAGUUUUGUAUUUGUAUCCUGUUUUUUGUUUGAGUUUUGAUGAUCACUGAAAAUGGGAAUCAACAGACAGAUUUUUUUUUUAAUUAAUUUAAUUUUUAUCUUUACACACACACACACACACACACACACACACACACACACACACACACACACACACACACACACACACACAUAUAUAUAUAUAUAUAUAUAUAUAUAUAUAUACAUAUAUAUAUUUAUUUAUUUAUUUUUUUUCUUCCCUUUUUUUUUUUGCCCCGACAGGUAUCGGCCUGUUAUUAGUGCAAUAUUUUUAGAAAUUACAUGUUUAUUUUUAGACCAUACUCUGGCUUUUCAGAUGUUCUGAUUAUGCUUUCCAUCUUUGAAUUUGUAGUCACCCCAUAUUCACCUUUAAAACUGCUAUUUAGUCAUUGGUCAUUCUUAAAACAUAAAUAUCAAUGCUUUCCCUACUGUCCAGGAUUAAUAGGUCAUUCAGAAAAAAUACCACCACCAGCACCAGUAACAACUGCUGGAGAUCCAGGAAGUGAUACAGGAAUUGGUACAGGAAGUGGUAAGAGGGAUAACAGCAGCUUUACAGAAUUAAGUGAUUUACUGAAUUGAGUGUAAAUGACUUAAUGAUGUCGCUGCUGUUAGGCCAUCCAACUGAAAAAGCCUGUGGUGGUGAAAAGCUUGAUCAACCACCUUCAGAUACAGGAAGUGGUAUUGAAUCAAGUGAGAAUUAAACCAAUACUUAAAGACUAAUAAAAUAAACUCAGAUUUGAAAUAACACAUUAACUGCAAAUACAAUAACAAUAUGUUGGUGACAACUUGAUUAAAUCAAUGUUUUGUAGUUUCUUAAAUCUGCAGUGCGGAACUUUCCUCUCUUUGAGCAGUGAUAAUAUUGUGGAUGUGUGUUUCCAACCUCGUUUUUCAGGAACUCUCAAUAGCAGGAAAGCUUAAAGGGAUAUUCCAGCGUAAAUUUAAGUUAUGGUCAAACAAACUGUCACACCGAGUUAGACACCCCCUUCAGAGAUGAAUGUUGCCGACCGCUUGCUUCUCUAGUUAUACCAACUUUAGUAAUGACCGCAGGAUAGCAAUGCACAGCGGUCUGAGGGGCCAUAAACAAACCUCAACCAAAACGCCACUCUAUAGCCACAAAUAAUGCUCAGAACAGCACCUAACUUCAUCAACAGGACAUAUAGGGUCACAGCCAUAGUACUAGACACCAAACAUCUUUUUAACUUUGACUCAUUUCUUUAGCAAAGAGACUAAACACAACUCACCUACUCUCUUCCAGCAAACGCUUGUUUGUAGUGAGACCUCAGGCCAGACAGCGGGGUGACGCAGCUCAAGGAAGAAUAUUUAUGAUCAUUACUUCAUGGAAAUACAAUCAGACCGAGAAGCUAAAGCAGAAGAACUACCGCGUCUGCAGAGCAAAAUGAUUAAUAUGGUGAUUAUUAUGAUGAUUAUUACUUGCACUGCAGACGCGGUGAUCGACUCGUUAGGGCGUUUUUUGUGGCUAUAAAGCGGUGGUUAUGUUGAGAUUUGCGCUGGAAUAUCCCUUUAGGGCUAUCCAACAUUAUUUAUCCUCUCCUCACAUACAAGUGAUUUCCGAGUUUGUCAUUCUUCGUUUGACUUUUUCAUACCUGAAGGGUUUAAUGCCAAAGUGAAGUGAAUUCAUCUUUCCUAAGGGCUUAAAUUUAGCACAUUUCAUUGAAGUAAAAUGGACCCGCACUCCAGUUUUAAGUCAAAUGCCAAUUUAAAAACUACAACUGUAACACAACGAUUUUAAAUAACCUGUUAAUCAAAACUAUUAUACAAAUAAUCUAAAUAUUACCACCAAUCUAGAACUUUUCACCAUUCAAACAUGUUAUCUACAUGUUUGAACAUUUUUGAGGGUGGAACAUGUUAACAACAUGUUUGGAUUCAACAUGUUGAAUUCGUUGACGGAGUUUGAAAAACGCAUGUUUGCCGAUUUCUUCUCGUUUCAACAUCACUAACCUGCUAUAACUUGUGUUCAUCAUAAACCCCCAAACCAGACUAACACUUUUCUUAUAUUUAAUUAAGCACCCUUUAAUUAAGAAAAUAUGGACUGCAUUCUAAACCGAAAAACAACACUUUCAAGUUGUUGUUUUUUGAGGAAGUUUUUCAUUAUUCUCUUCAUUAAUUACUUCCUGGCUGUUCUGUCUUUGAUAUUGAUGGACCCCAUUACUACCAAUCUCAGACAGCAUACUAAUGAGUAAUUAAGGAGACUCAUUGUAAGUAUUUAAUUUAUUCCUGAAUAUAUCUAUUUAGCAUACAUAUACUGGAGUAAAAGCUGCUCUAUCCAUGUAUAAAAGGGGAAACUGAAGGAUAAAUUUGCUUUAUGUUGUCUAGAUCCUGGAAUUACAUGUGGGCUGUCAGAUACCUAUUGUCUUCGUGGAAAGUCGGCUGAAUUAUCUGUGACCAUGAAUUUGGACUGUGAAGGGACCUGGUUUAAAGAUGGAGAGCAGGUAGUUGACGCUGAUAAUAAAAUGACUGUUCAAGUUCUUCUGUUUAUUCAUUUUAGGUUGAAAUGUCAAAACUAGUUUAAAGACCUUUAAAAGUUUAAAGAUAAAGUUUUGUAAUAUUAAAUAUUGUUUUUUUUUCGUUUAGCAAACAUGGAAGCUUUAUAUGUGGAACUGAUUCUAGACUCAAUAUAGCAACCCUUCAUAAAUUCAAUAUACUAACCAUAAAACUCCAUCAGUAAUUCACACUUUCAGUCUUCUCUGCUUAAACUCACACUCCCCUCCAGCAAAAUACAUGGCCUCUCACACAAACAAAACUCUUAUUUGUAUAUUUAUAUUUUUAUUUUGUUUUGUUUUAUCAUAUCAAAUCAUUUGCAGCUUAUAAUAGUAAACAUAUAAAGAUGUGUUUUCCUGUUCUUUCUGCUUUUUUUAAUCUCAUAAUCAAAUUAACAUUAAUAAUCAAAUGUAUUAUUUAUUUUACAAUUGUAAUUAACCAUGAUAAAAAAGAACUCACUCUUGGUUUAAUUAUUUAGUAAGCUAUUGUUUCAUCUCUUUUAAUUUGUAUUAUUUAUUAUAAUUAUUAUUAACAUUAACUGGAUAUUCUCACAUUUUCUGUAUGUUGUUGUGAUAAUAUCCCCCACCCAACAUACACCCACUUUAACUCACCUAUAUAUACCUGAAGUAUGUCAUGGUUUUAUUAUUUUUUGUGUGUGUGUGUGCGUUAUUCACCAAUUUGUGUCAAGUCACUUCUUUCUUGUGAUGUUGUGAUGUACACGAAUAAAAAAUUUUAAAAGAAAUUUUAAAAAUGAAAUUAUUAUACAGAACUGAGGUGUGCAUCUUUAUUUUUGAUUUCCUAGCUAAACUCAGGAGCCGGGCUGACCAUUGCCAAAGAUGGAACCUGUCACAAACUGACAAUCCAAAGCUGCACAGACGACGACACUGGAGUUUACCGUUUUCAAUCAGGGGAGCUAAGUACCCAAGGAAAGGUCACUGUUGGAGGUAUGAUUUUAAACUAUUUUACAAUAAAACGUCAAAUAACCCCAGAGCUACUGUACAUCAAACUAAAUAAGCUUACAUGUUUCACAGAUGUGCCUGAGUUUGACCCUGACGACCUUCACAAGUUCUCCAAACCUGUGGUCGUCAGAGUCGGCCAGAACGCUGCUUUCAAGAUGCCGUUUCCCCCUCAGGAGGGUUUGGUUGUCAGUUGGUUCAAGGAUGGCACUGAGAUCAAAGACGGAGGCGGAGUCAAAAUUGUGAGAGAGCCGAAUCACAGCCGGCUACUGUUCAGAGACUGUCUGAUGACAGACGCAGGGGAAAUAAAGAUCCAACUCAGCAACCCCUUUGGAUCUGUGGAGGCAACAUCUCGGCUUAUCGUGCUCGGUACGGCAACACAAAAACAAGGAUGAAAAGAAACUGUUUAUACAUGAAACCUGAGCACUGCAUUCAACUAACAACGUUUUUUCAACGACAGGUCGGCCAGGUCCACCAGAAGGUCCAGUGGAGACCGUGGAAACCACCUCAACUAGAAUUGAGAUUCAAUGGAAACCUCCAAAAGACGACGGAGGCUCCCCUGUCACCAACUAUAUCAUCGAACGGCAGCAGGUGGGACACUGUCUGUGGACAAAACUUGGGGACGUCUCAGCUGACAAGACCACCUUCAGAGACAGGAACGUGACUCAUGGAAAGAAAUACAACUACCGCAUAUUCGCAGAAAACCUUGAGGGCCUCAGUGACGCCUUGGAGACAGCUGACAGCAUCAUGGCCGGCAUAAUGAGUAAGCAAAGUCUCAUAUUACACUCCUAAGGAAAGCUUUUAAUAAUUUCUCUCAAGUUGUAAUAAAUACAAAUGCAUCAGAAUAGGUUUUGUGAUUGCCUACAUAUCCUCUGUGUCUCUGUCUUCUAUUAUAAGUUAAUUAUUGAUAAUAAUAAGUUUACAUUGUUUAAAAGACCAAUUGUCAUUCCUAAGUUCUCUCUGGACCACCUGGUGCCCCACAAGUAGUUAGUACCUCAAAGACCUGCAUCAAGUUGACCUGGACCCCCCCAGAGGACGACAAAGGAGUCCAAAUCAUCGGUUACCUCCUGGAGAAAAGGAAGAAGGACACCAAUGAGUGGAUCGCUCUGAAUGCAGUUAACGAACCCAUUGAAGGUUUGACAUAUUACCAGCUCACACCAUUAUCAUUUAUCAAAAUGAAAAAAAAAUCCCUCAUUUUUAUCCUUUUUUUUUAAACAAUCUCAUUUUCAGAUGUGAAGUACGCCGUUAAAGAAAUCUCUGAAGGAUCGCAGUACGAGUUCAGAGUUUCAGCUAUAAAUGCGUCUGGAGCAGGUGAUCUCAGCCCUCCCUCUGCAAUGGUGUGUGCCAAGAAUCCCGACAGUAAGUAAUUAACUUCCUCCUUUCUACGUGCUCAAUAAAAAAUUCAACCAGUCUAUCUGGAGUUUGUUCCUUGUCAGCAUUUAAUAUUUUUUUGUGUAUUUUCAUACAGUGAGACCUCGUUUUAAAGACCCAGAGGACUUCAUUGUUAUUAGAGCAGGAAACUCUGCACGAGUGAAGGUUUGCUAUGAGGUAAGAGGAUGGAGUAUACUGUAAACUGGGGCUUUCUCCCGUGGCAGGAAUCCUAAAUUCAUCUUCCACAUUUAUACUUCAUAGUUCGCUCCCCCAAUUUAAACCAUGUCAUAUUCAUCAGGUCAUAUUAUUCAGACAGAUGUCACUAAAGUGUGACAUUCACGAUUCCUCUCAUUUUACUUCUGAUAUAACCAGGCUGAGCCUCCUCCUGAGAUUACCUGGCUGUUAGAUGAUGAGCCCAUAUCCCCGUGGAUUAAAAUCAUCAACACAGAGGGCAUGUCUCAGCUUCUUAUUCCAACAUCAAAGCGCUCAGAUUCAGGCCUCUACACGAUCAAAGCCAAAAACUCGUCAGGCGAGGCUUCAUUCGACAUAGAGGUCAGAGUCACAGGUAAGGACAAAUUACAGGGCUUCUACAUUAUGGUGCCCACAAGACUUCGUAUUUAAUUGUAUUUUAGAACAUAAAAACUAAUGGCCUUGUAGGGCUGGGCGAUAAACCAAAAUUUAGAACAAUAACAAACAUCAUUUCACCCAUAUCGGUAUAUUCGGUGCGAAUAAAAUAAAUAAAUCAAAGUUAGUUUUGGAUGUGUCUAGGUAGGCUAUGGUCUCAUGUCCCUUCAAGACGCUGUCCUACAUCAGAGACGUGACUCCACCCCAUCCAGUCCGUAACAAAGAGGGAAAGACAGGUGAGGAGAUGUAGGACGGUUCAAAAGUUGGAGCGGCUGAAGUAGACGAAGUUAAUGUGGGAGGGGGUGAGCAGCUUGUGGAGUAGUUAUCGUCCAUUUAUCGUUAAUGAGGUGAACUGAUCACUAUAUCGUGAUAUUGAUUUAAGGCCAUAUCACCCAGCCCUAUAGUCUUGUAUACUUUGCACAAAUAUCAACUUUCUAUCGGUCCUAAAAUGAGGAACUAAUCACUUUGAACUCAGUAAAGAUGUAUUUGCUUUAAUUUUCUGCUCUGACCAGUGGUGAACACCCCUAAAAUUAACGAUGGACAGCACUGAUUUUAAAAUAUUUGGUCAAUUAAAUCCCAAUGGCAAGUGUAUUGGAAACCCUUAUCUAUACUAAGCAAUAUUCGGAAUGGGCAACAAAAUUCUCAAGGAGUAAACUGCAGAAAAAGUCAGAGCUUGACUCAGAAGAGCUUGCAAGUACAAUCGUGUCACUCCAGACAAGAGACAAGAACCUCUAAAGUGGGGUAACAUAAAGGGUCAUUACGAGUUUAUAGACAGCGUGAGUUUCUUCUCUUAGAAAUGUUCUCAGUCUUAUUAAUAUUUGAUAUGAUGCUAGAUGAACCCAAGACCCCGGGUCCAGUGGAGCUGGAGCAAACAGUCCAUGGAAAAGUGCUGGUAUCAUGGACCCCCUCUCCAGACCAGGAGCUUGACGACCGCCUGUGCUACAUGGUGUCUCAGCAUGAGUCCAACACCAGAGUGUGGAAGACUGUGGCAGACCGCCUCUUUACCACCUCAUACACCAUCAACAACCUCCUUCCAGGGGUUGAAUACCAUUUCAGAGUCUAUGCCAAGAACGAUAUGGGCCUCUCUGAUCCAUCUCCGUCACCAACAUGGGGCGUCAACUGCAACAGAGGUGGGUUGUCAUAAUUCCAAUUGAUUUAUGUAUUUUGUUACCGUAGUUGAAAUUUCAGCUUGUCCAGCAGUUUGGUGCUUUAGAAUACAGGCAAGACAAGCAGCCUCCGAUGUUGUUUGCUAUUAAAACUAAGUAUAUUUUAACUUUUGGUGUUCUGAAUCCCAGAAAAAAGGGAAACUACUAAGCGGGGUGAAGUUGCAUAGUCAUGCAUACUAAAUUUUGAGUCUUUUUCAUAUUGGGUCGAGUUUUCUUACGCUUUUCUAACUCAGUUAGUCCACGCUACACAAACUCAAAACUUCCGUACAACACCCCGGAUAUUUGAAGAAUUUUAUAAACUCCUUCAGACAGGGCCGGACAGCCCCUAAAAAGAGGACAUGUCCGGGUAAAAGAGGACGUAUGGUCACCCUAACACGUGUAGUUUGAGGAUCUAUGGACCUAAAUUUUCUCACAUAAAUAACAUUUUCGAUUGUUUCCUCUUUUCUGUUUUUUCUUUUUCAAGUUCACACCAUUUCACACGCACUCUCUUCAGCUGAGCUCUGCUUGGAGAGACCCCCAUCCAUUCUGGUGCCUCUAAAAGUCCACACACCACCAGAAGGUUACCAAUUAUACAUGACAUGUGCUGUCAGAGGAUCCCCGACACCAACCAUAUCCUGGUAUCUGAAUGGCAUCUGCAUCAACCUCGACAAAAACUACUACUUCACCAACUCGUUUGGCGUGUGCUCCAUGUACAUUCUCAGAGUGCGAUCAAUGGACAGCGGUGAAUAUAGAGUUGUCGCAGUCAACCCACUUGGCGAGGCAGAGUGUUCAACUGUACUAACUGUCAAAGGUGAGGUUUGAAGUUGGGUUUUUUACAGAAUUAGACAAGUUUUUGGAUUAAAAUGCUAAUUUGAGUUUUUCCUUUUUCUUAACAGGUUAAAACGGC